UUCUCAAUCAGUGGCUCUGGUUUGUUAAACUAGCGUAAUCGUCUGUAGUAGUACUCACUAUCAAGGCGGUGGGAGGCUCCUACCCUGCUCUUACCUUUCAUCUACUAGGCUUUAAUAGCAGGUCCUAGCAUGUGACUUUUGUCCUGAGAGUCCUUGUCUGCAGCUGGGACGGCAGAUGACAAGUGCUGGUCGUCUGCAGCAGGUUGUGAGGGCUGUGAGCACAGAACGGCCGCGGUAAGGUCCUGUCAUGUGGCUCCCCCUGCUGGUGGUGUUAGCUCUUAUUCUCCUGUACAGAUGGUACAGACAGAGUCAGAUCCUAGAAAACCUCACUGAUAAAUAUGUCUUCAUUACCGGAUGUGACACUGGAUUUGGAAAUGUGCUGGCCAAGCAACUGGACAAACGUGGGAUGAAAGUGCUGGCGUCAUGUCUAACAGAGAACGGGGCUGAGAAGCUGAAGAAAGAGGCAUCAAGUCGACUACAAACAGUAAUUCUAGAUGUUGCAGACAGUCAGAGUGUCAGCUCAGCUGCCAAGUGGAUUGCUAGUAUUGUUGGAAAUCACGGUUUAUGGGGUCUUGUGAACAAUGCUGGCUUUGGAUUUGCGUUUGGGCCUAAUGCAUGGCAAACAAGAGCAGAUUUUGAGAAGGUGCUGAACAUAAAUUUAGUGGGACUCUUUGAUGUGACAGUGAACUUGUUGCCUCUCAUCAUAAAGGCAAAGGGGAGAAUUGUCAAUGUCUCCAGCUGUGGUGGAAGACUACCUGUCGUUGGGGGAGGAUACUGUCCAUCCAAAUUUGGCGUUGAAGCUUUAUCUGAUAGUCUCAGAAGGGAGCUUCGAGAUUUUGGAGUGAAGGUUUCUAUAAUUGAACCGGGUGCCUUUAGCACAGCAUUGGGAACAGCAGAACCUCACUUGAAGAAUCUAGAACGCCUGUGGUCAAAUCUUCCUACACAAUUGAAAGCUUACUUUGGAGAACAGUACUAUUAUCAAUGCGCCAAGGAUUUGUCUUCUCUAACUGGCACCGGCAGCCUUAAACUCAACCUUGUCACAGACUGCAUGGAGCAUGCCCUGACUGCUGUUCACCCAUGGACAAGAUAUUCCGCUGGCCUGGACACCAAACUUUAUUACCUUCCUGUGUCUUACUUACCUACUGUCUUAUCUGAUUAUUUGCUGUGUCGAUCAUUACCCAAACCAGCACAUGUUGUGGCAUGAACAUAUAUAAGAAUAUGCUGAGUACUGAAAUGUUAAUCUUCAUUAAGGUAAUAUAGAUUCCAAUCUGGCUAUUUUUACCUUAAAGAUGUUCUGCCAUAAAUUUUGAUAUAUAACAUUGGUUUGUAAUUGGUUUUGCUAAAAAUCUAUGGGGUAUCAAUUAACGAUAUACCAAUUAGAAUGGCGCUCAUUUUGCUUAAUUUACAUGCAGCAAUCACCUUUAGUUUAUGAGAUUGAACAGUUCAAUUAUUUGCUCAUACAGUUUUAUUAUUGUUGGAAGCACAUCCCUGUUUACACAGGUCUAUGCGCUGUUGACCAACAAUAAUUUAAUCUCUGCAUGAAAGAUGAAAUCAGGCAAGAAAGGAAUGUUCGCCUAUUCAUCAGCCUGUGUUAAUGGAACUUAAAGGGUAUACCCGAUCUUUUGGCCUUUUUUAACUAGUCCAAGUAACAUCCUGUACCUAAAAAUGAUACUAACUUGCUCCCUAGUACUCAAUUACACCUCUGUGGCUCUGUUCUAUGAUCUUCUGGUCCCUGAUCACAUGACUGUCCUCAGCAGAAACAUGUCCCUGAGCAGCACAUCACUGCUGGGUCAUGUGUUGCCUGGGGAAAUUUCACCACCGAGGACAAUCAUUGGCUACAGUGGCACACCGCAGCCCCACAUUACCACAGUCUAUACUUCAUGUCUCCUCCUGAACUCCAUUCCUACAGAGAUUCAGCUGAAGAUCCUUUCAUCUGCAUUCAGGAUUAUAAUCCUGGACAACAGAGCAGCAAUUAGGCGGAGGUGGCUCUUUAGCUCAGUAUUGUGAAGUAAACUGUCCUGCUGUGUGAUUAGGACAGGUUUUGUAUGUAGUAAUAGGAUGGCUGCCAUUUUAUUCUCCUAAUGUUUGCUCCCUAAACAUAAAGAGCCAUUUUAACUAAUGAAAGGCAAUUGGGGAAAAAGGUAUCAUAAAGUAAUAUUUAGGCAUUUUUUUUUCAUUUUAUUUUUUAAUUCCCCAAGAAUACCUUGAAGUCAAGAGUUUCCAGAGCAGAACCCAGGAACAUUUUUGAAUUUGGGUUCUUGGUUCCUGCAAGUCUGAAUGCAGAUUUUAAAAUCUAUGGUUUUAUUAUCUAGGUGUGAAUGGCUAGGAUCCACAGUUAUGCCAAUGUCAAGCUGUUUCCAAUUCAUUGACGUGUUCUGGACCUAGCCCGUCACACCCUAAUUGUACCAUAUUAUGUCUCAGUAUAGAAUGUGAAUUUUAUGUGUACGUGGUAAUUAUAUCUAUGUACUGUUGUUACUUUAUCAUCAUAUAUGUUUUUUACAUUUCAUAAAUCUGCAUAAUCUGUAAAAAUUGUACAAUGCACACAAGUAUUAAAAAUUCUAUGAAACA